UUCUUUUCUUUUUCUUUUUACUCUGUCUUUUUUAUUUUAUUUAUUUAUUUUUUCAUCAUUUUCAAUAACUAUUAUUAUGGCUCAACAUCACAAAGCUGUGGUCAAAAGUGUUUUAUCUGGAGAUACUGUCAUUCUUCGUGGUAAACCGAGACCCAAUGGUCCACCUGCUGAACGUUUACUUGCCUUGUCUAAUGUUCAAGCUCCAAGAUUAGGGAAUGCUUCUCGCGAUGAUGAGCAAUUUGCUUUCGGUGCCAGAGAAUAUUUGCGUAAACUCUUAGUCGGUAAAGAAGUGACAUUUGUUCCUGAAUAUACUAUUUCUACUAUCAACCCUCCUCGUGAAUAUGGCUCUAUAUUGUUAGCAAAUGGAGAUAAUGUUGCUCAUCUUGGUGUACAACAAGGAUGGCUCAAGGUUCGAGAAGGCAAGUCAAAGUCAAAUCAAGAUGAUGAAGCUCAUGAACAAGAAUUGAAUGAAUUACGAUUGUUGGAAGAAGAAGCUCAACUUACCAAACGUGGUCAAUGGAAUACGGAUAUUGAUGGUUCUCGUCAAGUGUCAUACACUAUGGAAAAAGAUGCUCGUUCAUUUUUGAAUACCUAUAAAGGAAAACCAUUGGAUGCUAUUAUUGAACAAGUACGAGACGCAUCUACCUAUCGUGUUUUACUGAUUCUUCCUGAUCAAUCUCAACAAAUAAUCACCUUAUUUUUAUCUGGUAUCAAGGCUCCUAGCUGCAAACGUGAUAAUCUACCUUCUGAUCAAACGGAUACAACUCCCAGUGAACCUUUUGGUGAAGAAGCCAAAUAUUUUGUGGAGGUACGUCUCCUUCAACGUGGUGUCAAGGUCAUAUUGGAAGGUAUCAGUCAAGGUGGAAGUCAAAACUUUGUGGGUUCUAUUCAACAUCCUGCUGGUAAUAUCUCGGAACUAUUAUUGGCUAAUGGUAUGGCAAAAUGUGUGGAUUGGAGUAUUACCAUGACUACAGGUGGACCAUUAGCUUUACGAAAGGCCGAAAAAGUUGCAAAAGACAAGAAGCUUCGUAUUUGGAAAGAUUUUGUUGCAAAGGAAAAGAUCAAUGACUCUGAAUUCGAUGCUCAAGUGAUCAAGAUUGUUACCGGCGAUACUAUUGUAGUCAAAACGAAGAAUGGUACUGAAAGAAAACUCCAACUUGCUAGUAUCAAACAAGCACCUAGGGGUACUGGUAGCACAGCUCCAGGUGGUAGUGCGAAGUCCCGGGAUGUCAAGGAAGUUGGGUAUCAGUUUGAAGCUCGUGAAUUCUUACGCAAGAAAUUGAUUGGCAAACAAGUACAUGUUGUUAUUGAUUACAAGAAACCUGCUCAAGAUGGAUUUGAAGCUAAAGAUUGUGCUACAGUUACCCUUGGAAAUAACAACAUCGCACAACAAUUAUUGGAAAAGGGUCUUGCCACGGCUAUUCGUCAUCGUAAAGACGACGAUAAUCGAUCUCAUCAUUAUGAUCAAUUACUGAUUGCCGAAACAAAAGCUCAAGAACAACAAAAGGGUGUACAUAGUACAAAAGGACAACCUAUUGUACGAAUUGUCGAUGCUUCAGAGAAUAUGACGAAGGCUAGACAAUUCUUGACCUCUCUGAAACGUAAUCAACGUCAAGUCGCGGUUGUGGAUCAUGUUGCCAAUGGAUCUCGCUUAUUUUUAUGGAUUCCCAAAGAAAACUGUCGAUUGUCAUUUGUGUUGGCUGGUAUCCGUGCUCCACGUGUUGGUAAAAAUGCAAGUGAAAAAUCUGAGCCAUUUGGACCUGAAGCCCUCGCUUUUGUGACAGAACAAUGUCUUCAACAUGAUGUGGAAGUAGAAAUAGACAAUGUGGACAAGACUGGUGCUUUUAUUGGUAAUCUUUUUAUUGGAGGUAACAACCUUGCCAUCGAAUUACUGAACAAGGGAUAUGCAACCGUACACGAAUACUCAGCAAAUGAAUCUCGAUAUGCCAAUCAAUUCUUUGGCGCUGAACGAAAUGCAAAGGAAUCACGACAAGGAUUAUGGGAAAAUGCUCAAUUUGAAGAUGAACAACAAGAACAACAAGCAACUAUCAGCAAAGCACAAGAAGCAGUAUUGCAACCUCGUCAUGAAUAUAUCGACAUUGUUAUCUCUGAUAUGGUUAGCGGAUCUCAUUUCUUUGUACAAGUCAUCAAUCCUAUUGAAAUCAAGCAAUUAGAAGUACUUAUGAAGGAUCUUACUGUGUAUUACAAAAAUCGAUCAGAACCUGCUUCUCGUCCUAGAGUGGGUGAUGUUGUCAGUGCUAAAUUUACAGAAGAUGAUUGCUGGUAUCGUGCCAAGGUACGUCGUGUGUCGGCUGAAGGUAUUGAAGUCUUAUAUAUUGAUUAUGGCAAUAGUGAAACACUUCCGUUAUCUCGUAUUCAACCAUUAGCAAGUCAAUUCAAAUCUCUUAAACCUCAAGCUCAAGAAGCUGUCUUAUCAUUUGUCAAGAGUCCUGCCAAGGAUGCUGAUUAUGGCGUGGAAUGUAUGGAACGCUUCCAUGAAUUGACAGCUGGGAAACAAUUGGUGGCCAAUGUGGAUGCAAGAGAAAAUGGGGUUUUGUGUCUUACAGUAUAUGAUCCUGUACAAUCUACAAGUGCCGAAGCAAGCAUCAAUUUGGAAAUGGUUCGUGAUGGUCAAGCCAUUGUGACUCCUAAGGUACGAUAUGCCGCUGCUUACCCUGAUAUCAUCAAAUCUUUGCAAGAAGCCGAAAAUGCUGCAAGAAGGGAACGUAUUGGUAUGUUUGAAUAUGGGGACAUCACUGCUACCGAAGAUGACUUUUAGAUGAGAGGGCAAUUUGAUUUAGUUUUCUAGAUUAUUUAUUCCUAUGUUUUGUAUUCUUUUUUUUUUCAUUUAUUUAUUUAUUCAUUUUUUUUUUUUUUUUU